AUGGCUGCUACGUCCUCAUUCUUCAUCGCCUCGAUCGGCAAUCCAGGUCAAACAUACUACAACACUCUCCACAGCGCCGGCCACAUCCUCCUCCGUUCUUUCGCAGAGCUUAUGAAUGCAGGCCCAUUCAACCCCGAUCCAAGCUUAAGCAACGGCCUAACGACCGAAACAUACCUUCCCAAGACCCAAAGUCGCCUGACACUAUGGCAAUCACCGAGCUAUAUGAACACAUCGGGCCCGUCGUUGGUGAGGGCAUAUAAAUCCUGGCUUGCGCGGGAGAAUCUUGCCUCUGACAUCCCCGUUCCCCCUCUGGAUGUAGGGAAGAGAAAGGCGAGAGGGAUGCAGCCCAUGACGCAUACUCGCGCAACAAAUCUGAUAUUAUUGCAUGAUGAGCUAGAACGAUCAUAUGGAAAUCUUCAUAUUCGAUAUGGCGGGCCUGAAAUGAGCUCAAGGGGUCAUAAUGGGAUUAAGAGUGUGGUAGAGAGUCUGGUUAAAGCCAAGCUACUUUCUUCUGGAGGUGGACUGUCUUUGGCGAGCCCGACGGCAUUAAUGCGGUUAGCCAUUGGGGUUGGAAGACCUUUGUCUCGCGAUCGAGACGCAGUGUCGGAUUAUUUGUUGAAGUCAAUAUCGAAAAGCCAACAUGAUGUGUUGGCUGCGAAGGGGACGGACUUGCGGCAGUUGCUGGAAAAAGAGAUAUCGCGAAUUCAAAAAGCGAUGGAGCCUAUCGAGACGGCUACUGAAGGCUGUAUAUAG